UCAAAAGGUGCACUCUUUCUAUCUAUCCAUCUAUCUAUCUAUUUAUCUAUCUAUCUAUCUAUCUAUGUUAAUGUGUCUGGAUGAAGAGUGUAAGCAGCAUCAUCACCACCAAAGUGAACUGCAGAUAACCUCAUGACGUGGCAGACCCACAUCCACACAGUAUGGAGAGCCUAUAUAAAAUCUACAGAGCCCUCGUGUAUCUGCUGCUGCUCGGAGCCGCUGAUAAGGGCUUUGCAGGGCGAUCUGACUUCAGUCUACAUGAAGGAUGAGCUUCUCAGACAGAGACGUUGUCCAUCCUGCUGCUGAUGCUCCCUCGUCUCAUCGUAAACUCUUGUGCACCCUCUGGUGCUUGCUAGUCUCCCAAACUUCUUUGUGUGUAGCCUGCUUUGCAGAUUGUCUUCCUUGUCUGUGUGGUUGCUCAUUAUUCAGAGACAGACGGAUCUCAGGUCAUCUGCAGCUGCAGCAAAGGAGAAGCAGGAAAGAUGGCGAUCAUCCAUUAGACCGACCGGGCGCACGCAUGAAAUACGAGGACAACUUUUGGGAGGAUCGCUCGAGGAGAAGAUUGUACCAGUUUCCCUGAUUUUCCAGGGAGUGCUCCCUCUUUUCAGUGAUGGAGGUACUGCAGUGUGAUGGCUGUGACUUCCGUGCCGAGUCAUAUGACGACUUGAAGACCCACAUACAGGAAGUGCACACUGUUUUCCUGCAGCCAGCAGAUGCCGACGAGUCUGACUCCCUGAAAGAUGAGGAUGAGGAUGAGGAGGGAGAGGAGGAAUGUGAGGAUCAGGAUGACAAGGAUUACACGCCUUCUAAAGCUGGAAUGAGCCCAAACUCUACUGACAGUUCCAACCAAACACCACAAAAGCAGACAGCUGAGACUCAUCUGCCGUUUUACCAGUGCAAGUUCUGUGUCCGUUACUUCAGAUCGCAAUCAUUCUUACGAAACCACACCAAAAAAGUGCAUAAUGUUGUGGAGGAAGACUCAGAUGCAAGCGACUCCUUGCAGACAGCUAAGCAGCCUAGCUACACCGUUAUAAUGCACAAGGACAAUUCAAAAGUGUAUUCCUGCCAGUAUUGCACAUAUAAGUCUCCACGCAAAGCAAGGAUAUUGAAGCAUCAGCUGAUGUAUCACAACAAAGCUCCUUCAGAAAGUGCUGCAGAUUCUCCUGAGGUCAGAGAGGAAUCCGAAUCGGCCUGUGGACUAAAGGGAACUUUUGCUUGUGAGUGGUGUGACUAUCAGACUGACCAGAAGGACAGCUGGACAGCUCACGUGGUUAAAGAACACAGCGACAAGGUGAAAAUAGUUUCCAACAUUGCAGAGAUGGAAGGGGAGGCGAGUGCAAGCUCACCCAAAGCAGAUUCUCCUGCUCCCUCUCAAAGCCCGGUGCAGUCAACGAUAGGCAUCACUGAUGUUCAAGGGAAGGACGACUUGGUUGCAGAAGACUCAGUGGAGAAGUCACUCCCGCAGAUCCCAUCUAUUCAGUUGGCACAAAUGAGUGCUGUGACUCCAAACAGCACCGGCUCCUCCAUUUUAUCCAAGAGGUUUGCAUCAUCUGAUGUUCCAAACAGCGUCAUAGAGAUGGAUUCCACUUUACCCAAUGAGGAGGAGUCUCGGAGCAGCUUAGAGGACGAUGAUGACGAAGAUCUUGGGGACAUUGAUGAUGAUACCAGCUAUACAGGGACGCUGUCCGCAGAUGCAAAGCAGCUUUUAACUGAUGAAGAUAAUAAACUACUUGAGACAAAGGGAAUACCAUUUAGGAAGUACAUGAACCGAUUUCAGUGCCCAUUCUGCUCCUUCUUAACCAUGCACAGGCGUAGCAUCUCCCGCCACAUCGAAAACAUCCACCUUUCUGGUAAAGCCACAGUGUAUAAAUGUGAUGUAUGCCCGUUUAUUUGCACCAACCCUCAUAAACUCGGCACACACAAACAAAGCCACAGCACCUCAGAUGUGGAUACCAUGGACCUAACAAGUGAUAGCCCAGAACCUCAGAGUGACGGUGCUGCAGAACCAGUCAACGGAGGUAGCGUAACCUCCAAAGUGAACGGAAAAAGGACAACCAGCACGCCCAACGACCAGCAGAACCCUCAUCGCUGCUCACUCUGCAGCUUCUCCACUACGACUCUGAAGGGUCUGAGGGUACACCAGCAGCAUAAGCAUUCCUACUGUGACGACGUUGAUCCUACUGUCUUUGAAAGCCAGAUGGCCGACCAGCAGGACUCUGAAGUCGAUGCCUCUCCAAUCUUCCUCCAAAAGACUCAAACCUCCAUUUUAGGACUUGCCACCAAAAAGUCCCUAGCUACAGGGAAAAGAGCUAGGAAGUCCAUCAAUGAUCUGCCUUUGGAUCUAUCAUCGGUGAAGAAGCGGACAAGAAUCGAUGAGAUUGCAAGUAACCUUCAGAGCAAGAUAAGCCAAAGCCAGCAAGACUUGAUUAUAAACCUUGACGAUGUUGAUGAUGAAGAGGCAGGAGAAAAUCACACUGAAAAUGACAGUAGGAGCCAUGAUGGCACAAACCCGGUCUUUGCUUAUAAUGCUCAACAGCUCAAUGCAAGAGAAAUGAUGUCCAUCGAUGGAGGUAGAAUAGGGAAAAGAAAAAGCAACCCUAAGUCAAAACCUAGAAACAUUCCUUUAUCAAUAACUCUCUCCGAUGAUAGCGAGAACAUCUCCGUCGAUCCGAAUGAUAGUACCAUGCAAGAGGGCGCUGAUUUUUCUGAGGAACCAGGAGCUACACGCUUCUACUGCAAACACUGUGACUACCACAACAAGUCAGCUCGUAGCGUCAGCACUCAUUACCAGAGGAUGCACCCAUAUAUUAAGUUCAGCUUUAAGUACAUCCUAGAUCCCGAAGACCAGAGCGCUGUAUUUCGCUGCCUUGAGUGCUACAUCGAAUACACAAACUACAAUGAUCUACACCAACACUACAUGGAUCACCACCCUGAAGCGAGCAAUGUGCUCAACUUCAACCAACCAAAUCUGGUGUACAUGUGCCGCUUUUGUUCAUACACAAGCCCGAAUGUCCGCAGCCUGAUGCCCCAUUACCAAAGAAUGCAUCCAACAGUGAAGAUCAACAAUGCGAUGAUCUUCUCCAGCUACGUAGUGGAGCAAUCCCACAAAACAGGCGAAUCACAAACUCUGAGGGAAAUACUAAACUCUGGCCCUAAGAACUUUAAUUCCACCUCCUCCUCCUCAACCCCAAGAUCCACCUCCAGCCCAGUGCUUAAAACUGUCCCUAAGACGCCUGAAGUUGCUGACACGGACUCUCUCAAAGAGUCAAUGGGUGGCAAUGUGGUUGUCUAUGACUGUGACGUGUGCUCUUUCGCUAGCCCUAACAUGCACUCUGUUCUGGUUCACUACCAGAAAAAGCACCCUGAGCAGAAGGCAUCUUACUUCCGCAUUCAGAAAACAAUGAAGGUCAUCUCAGUGGAUCAACCACAGCAGGUUGCAAACUCCUCUUAUAAUCUUAGCAUGCCUGCACCUUCAAAACAGUCAGGUAAUGUCCCACUGUAUGGAACGGAUGACGAAAUGUACUACUGUAAACACUGCGUGUACAGCAACAGAUCUGUCGUUGGUGUGUUGGUUCAUUACCAAAAAAGACACCCAGAAGUUAAAGUGACAGCUAAAUAUAUCAAACAUGGCGCCCCUACUCCUGGUUUAAUGAAACUAAUGGAUGAAUUACAAAUCUCCACCCCUAAACAGUUUUUGAAGCAGUUCCAAAAUAACGGUCACGAUGGAUCCAACAACUCAAGCCCUAAACUAGGAAGUGGCGAGAAAGGGGAGGACGAGUUGUUCUUCUGUGAGCACUGUGAUUAUGGAAACCGCACUGUGAAAGGAGUACUCAUUCACUACCAGAAGAAGCACAGGGAAACUAAGGCUAAUGCAGACCUUGUGCGUCGUCACACUGCGGUUGUUCGGAGUCAGCGUGAGCGUGCACAGUUAGUUCAGUCGAGCAGCGUCUCUUCUGCUGUGACCCCAGCCCCUCCAGACUCUGAAACUGCUAAACCCUUGCGUUCCCUUAAGUGCAAACACUGUAUCUACACAUCCCCAUAUGUCUAUGCCCUCAAGAAACACCUGAAGAAAGAGCACCCUACAGUGAAAGCCACAGCGAUGACAAUUUUACACUGGGCUUACCAAGAUGGCAUCCUAGAGGCUGGCUACCACUGUGAGUGGUGCAUUUAUUCCCAUGCUGAACCCCAAGGCCUGCUCCUUCAUUACCAAAGACGCCAUCCUGAGCACAAUGUUGAUUACACAUACAUGGCUAGUAAGUUAUGGGCUGGUCCUGAGACUGUCCAACAAGGGGGGAAUGCAGAGACGAAGCAUUACAAAUGUAGAGACUGUGCCUUCGAGGCCUGUACAAUAUGGGAUAUUACAAAUCACUAUCAAGCAGUCCACCCAUGGGUGAUAAAAGGGGAUGAAUCUGUGCUUUUGGAUAUCAUCAAAGGGAACGGUUCAGCUGAAAAGAUCCAAUUGCAGAUUGCCAAAGAAUCCAUGACUUACAAUUGCGAUGUUAUUGAAGAUGAUAGAGGUUUUGUCAUCGCCACCUCACCUCAAGAAAGCAACGCCCAUCCUCCCCAUCCACGUCUUUCCAUCUCUAACAAUCCUUAUCAGUGCACUGUAUGUCUCUCAGAGUACAACAGUCUCCACGGCCUCCUCACCCACUAUGGCAAAAAGCACCCAGGCAUGAAAGUAAAAGCAGCAGAUUUUGCACAGGAGGCUGAUAUCAACCCAAGUUCUGUGUAUAAAUGUCGCCACUGUCCGUAUGUAAACUCCCGAAUCCACGGUGUCCUAACUCACUAUCAGAAAAGACACCCUUCAGUGAAGGUCACUGCAGAAGACUUUGCAGAUGAUAUAGAGCAGAUCGCUGAUUUAAAUGAAGGAGAUGACAAGUGCAAAACUCAAAGGCAGGGCUAUGGCGCAUACCGGUGUAAAAUGUGCCCAUACACCCAUGGGACACUGGAGAAACUUAAAAUCCAUUAUGAGAAAUAUCACAAUCAGUCCGUCUCAGAAAUGUUCAACCCUUCUUUGACAAAUUUUGCCACAGGUAAAGACUUAGAGCCAGUAGCUGAAUGCAGCACCACUGGUAAUAUUUCAAGCACAGCAAAAGUCCAAGAGGUCAGUGAGUUGAACCUUGCCCUCUCCCAGUUACCCAUCAAUAAGACAGAAAAACAUGCUGUGUUCAAGUGUCAGCUCUGCAAAUACUUCUGCUCCACCAGGAAAGGGAUUGCUCGCCACUACAGAAUAAAGCACAACAACGUGCGUGCCCAACCAGAGGGGAAAAACAAUGUCUUCAAAUGUGCUUUGUGUUCAUACACCAACCCUAUACGCAAAGGCCUGGCAGCACACUACCAGAAGCGCCACGACAUAGACGCCUAUUACACCCACUGCCUGGCUGCUUCCAAGACUAUGAGUGAAAAGGUGAGCAAGGUGGUGGCAGUCCCACCAGUGGAAGGAGAAAACACAGAGAUGAGCGAAGACUUACGCUUGGCUGUAGAAAGAAGGAAGUGUUCGCUUUGCGCCUUCCAAGCCUUCAGCAGGAAGAGCAUCGUCUCACACUACAUCAAACGCCACCCAGGUGUCUUCCCCAAGAAGCAGCAUGCUAGCAAGCUUGGUCGCUACUUUACUGUUAUCUAUGCCAAAGAACCUGAGAAGAUCUCUGAAAGUUCGCUGGAAGAGGAAGACAAAGACGUUCUUGAGGUUCCACUAGAGCCCAAGCAGGAUGCAGAUGACGACUGGCUGCCUUUUAAGUGUCUGAAAUGCUUCCGGUUGUCCUUCAACACAGGAAAGCUGCUCUCCUUGCACUACAAUGACCAUCACAGCAAUGACUUGAAGAGAGACUUUGUCGUAUCAGAAGGUCUCGGAGAUGAAGACUCAGAGUUGUACCAGUGUUCUCACUGUGAGCUCAAGUUCCUGGAUCUUCACGUUCUGGCCAAACAUCUGUUGAACCACAAUGAAGAGUUUCAGAAGAGAGCCAUGAGGAUAGAGAGGAGGAGGCAGCUUCACAGCAAAGUGAAAUCCACAGAACUAUUGGAGAACAAAUCAGAGAAGGAAAGCCCUGUAAACAAAACCCCCAUUGGAUUUAGGUGUAACUUCUGUGUAGAGGUUCACCCCACCCUCCGAGCCAUUUGCAACCACCUCAGAAAGCACGUCCAGUACGGAGAGGCCAAAGAGGGGCAUGUUAAGCAGGAAGUCAGCGAGGUCCCCCUGACGCUGCCUUCAGAGAGCCUAACAAACGGCGACCUGGAGGGAGAUGAAGCAGCUGAAGCAGAUGGCCUUGAGAGACCCCCGCUUCCUCUGAUCGUUUCCACAGAGACCGCCGCUGUCGGUGUCACUCCGGAGACACGGGAGCUGGAGAAGGACACCGUUGAAGGAUGUGCAGCGGCCCUUGUGGCUGCAGCGAGGGCUGUGGUGUCGGAGGAUCAACUGAAGCAGCGAUUAACAGCAGGGGGUCACCCGUGUGCUCAGUGCGACCGAGUCUUCAUGUCCAUGCAGGGACUGAGGUCUCAUGAGAGGAGCCACUCAGCCAUGGCGCUGUUCAGCAGAGAAGACAAAUACAGCUGCCAGUACUGCCAGUUUGUGUCACCCUUUAGACACAACCUGGACAGACACGUGCAGUCUCACCAUGGGCAUCACAAGCCCUUCAAGUGCAAACUUUGCCCCUUUAAAUCUGCCUACGUGAGCCGCCUGAAGAGCCACCUGCACAAGGCACACACAGGUGAGCAGCACAUGUAUAAGUGCUUGUCCUGCCCCUUCACCUCCAUGACUAUCAGCCAGCUGAAGGAGCACUCACUGAGUGACCACGGCGAGGCUCUGACCCUCCCCAAACUAAGGGCUGCUACCCAGGCUGCCCACACUACGCCAAGGCCAACGCCACGACUACCCAGUCACACAGAGGAGACUCCCUUGGCCACAGAUGAACCGUCCUAUCUGGAGCCAGCGGAUGUUCGUCAGCAGCUCAGUCACUACCAGCUGGCCUCCCGCAGUCAAAUGUCUUCCGGCUCAACACCUGGUGGCUCAACGGUGGCUGACAAUCGACCAGACGGCGUCCUCACUUGUGAGUUCUGUGAGUUCAGCUCCGGAUACAUGCAGAGUCUGCGCCGGCACUACAGGGACCGCCACGGUGGCAAGAAGCUCUUCAAGUGCAAAGACUGUUCCUUUUUCACCUGCUACAAGAACACCUUCACCAUGCACGUGGAGGCCGGCCACAACAGCAACGCACCUGAAGAGCUCCACAAAGACCUGCGCUGCCCUCUCUGCCUCUACCACACCAAACACAAGAGCAAUAUGAUCGACCACAUCGUCCUGCACAGAGAGGAGCGUGUGGGACCGCUGGAGGUCAGCCGAUCCAAGCUGUCGCGUCACCUUCAGGGCCUGGUGUUCCGCUGCCACAAAUGCACCUUCACAUGCUCCAGCGACCAGGCUCUGCAGCUGCACCUGCAGAAGCACGCUGAGAUCAAACCUUACCAGUGCCAGCUCUGUUACUACGACAGCAGCCGCCGGAGCCAACUAGAAGAGCAUCUACGCCUGGAGCACAAGGUUAUCCGAAACUUUGAGCUGAUGGGCCGCGUCAACCUGGACCAGCUGGAAAUGAUAAAUGAAAACGAGAGCAGCGCAGAGGAGGAGGAGGAAGAGGAAAUGAUGGAGAUGGUUGAAGAUGGGAAAUUAGGUGCUGCAGAGGACGACGACCAGGACGAAGGAAUGGAAAUGAUGGAGAACAUAUCCCAGGAAGAGAGAGAGAUCGAUCAAGAAGAGAUAGAGGAUGACAUCAAGGAAGAAGAGGAGGACGAGGAGGAAGAAGAGGAGGAAGGAGAAGAAGAGGAAAUCAAGGAGGUGGAGGAAGAGAGACCAGCACCACAAGAAGUCUUUGCGUCUCCCACCAGCAGCACCAGCAGCAGCUCUCAGCUGAGCAGCGCAGAGAAGCGUCUCCCCUGCGAGUUCUGCGGCCGCUGCUUCACCAACAGUCUGGAGUGGGAACGGCACGUCCUUCGACAUGGCAUGAUGGUAAACAGCAGCCGCAUGGACACCAGCAGCUCCUCUGCAUUUGAGGCCACAGCUUCAUCUUCCACCAGCUCAGCGGUCCUGAUGGACUCAGAACUGGACCUGUCCAGGAACAGAAACGAUGAAGGGAACCCUGCUGAUCUAUCAAUGAGCAGUCAAAGCCAGUACAUGGAAGUCAAAGAAACGCUCCACACCAAAAAGGAUCAACAGUUUGGUUGAACUUCUCGUGGCCUCUUGGGUUACUGUGCUAGGAACUGAUGACCUGGGGUAGAAUCAGCACUGAUCGGAUGUUAAAAUAGGACAGAAACAAAAAGAUUGAACCUGAAAAAGUGACUUCUUUUGAGUUCUAGAUUUUAGAUGUUGCAUAUUUAAGUAUUAGGUUGUGCUGCAUAAAACGGCUGAGCUCUUUAAACGGGCGGUCCCCUAGGACAGAUUUUAAUAUAUUGGUAACCAAUAGUGAACAGAACUCUUUAUUGCUGACAUUCUGGUCAAAUCUACAGUGAAAGACCCCACCUAGAUAAAACAACGCUGAAGCUCGGAAGAAUGUUGUCCAAGAUGAUGAAGUAGGUUUAGCAUUUUAUGGUUUCAAGCACCUUUAAGACUCCCCCUAAUCAUUCAAAUCAAGGUUACUACAAAUUUACACAAAAGGAAAAAACAAAAGGUAUAAGCAUUUACAACCAUGGCCCACUGUAGAGUGACUUUUUCUUGUUUUCUGAUUUAAAUCUGAGACUUUUUCAUCUUAGCUUUGUGUUAAAUGUGUAGAAGUAUUCCUGAGGAAGAGUUGCACCUUAUCUAUUUUAGUACAAUUCAGAAAUUGUGUUCUUUGUCAUUGUAGUAAUACCAAUUUCCCCUAAUGUUUGUAGCAAAUUGCUACAUUUAGAAACCCCAUAUUAUUAUACUACGUAUAAGCCUUCACCCUGUGGCACCCUUUGCCUUUUGACUGUGCUAUUUUACCGUCUUGUUGUUUCACUGAAGAAACAGCAGAAAUAUUGAGAUUAGUUUCACUCUCCUUUCCCUGUAAGAGACCAUGUUGUUUGUCAUACAUGUUGACCUGUUUCACCUGGAACUCGAGAGGUUGUAGCUACAGUGGCAAGUACAUCUUACCGUGAGGUUACACUUGUCUUUUCAGUGCUAAAUUUGGGUUUGAAUGUGCAAAAAUCGCUAUCAUUAUACUGCAGAUGCAUCAACAAAUAAGAACAAAAGGCAUGUUUGCAUUGUAUGAACUAGCCCCAAGAACCAGGAACCUUUAGAGGAACUCACUAAAGCUCAGUCCCAUUUUUUAAUUGUCACCCCUAAACCCAGCCCUACUCUUACCCCUUGUUUUGAAGUUCCCCUAGCCCCUGGUCCCUUAAACUGUUUUAAAGGGUAGCAGUGAAAUCUUCCCCGUGAAAUCUGGGUAUCCUUCACUUUUAAGUUCCUGGUACAUCAUUAGUAACCGUUGAUGGAAACAAUACAAAAAGAAGUGACUCAUUUAUUAACAUUUCUAUUGUGGCAAAUUUUUGAAUGCUUGUUUGAAAUACAAGGACCAUGAUGUAUUAAAAUGACCCCAAAUAAAGAUUUUAUAUCGUAUUUGUGAAGAAACUACUUAGGUUUGUUCAUGUUUUUAGCGGCUUUAACAGCUAUCUUGCCAUUAGUUUGCAAGAUAUUCCUUUCCGUAACACUUGGUUUGGGCUGUGCCUGGAAAAAUCUUCAUUCCAAGGGUCAUAUACCUCUACCACUUCACCUUAACUCUCCAUUCCAACAAGAGUUGGGACACUCCUACCCCUUGACGUUAAUUGGCAAAAUGCAGGGGUAGGGCUAAGUGGUAGGGGCAACAGGUGCAUUAGGACUCAGCUACAAGGUCUUUAUUGUGGUAGCUAAUAGCACCAUGAGUUGCAUAUCAACCAACUCUGUGCUCUGUGCUCCAUAACAAAUUCUAGUUAACAAAGAAUAUCUGGCUAAUGAUAUUCAUGCGCAAAACGCCAUGUAGUCGCUUAGCCAUUUGCAGUAUGCCCUUGUUUUGCACCAGAUUUUGGAGAUCACUCCAACUGUGCAUGGCUUUUGGUGUCAUUUGACAGUUUUCACAAAAGGGUUAAUUUGCAUGGAAAGACACCUUUUAAGCCAGAAAUGUGUGCAUCAUAGUUUAUUAAAUACAAGCAAACAUCGCCACUGAAUAGAUACUGUUCGCUCUGUAGUAAAUCAAAGGGUAAAUUUAACCUUUUGGAUGUGCUUUGCAAAUGAGUCUUCUUGUCGUGCAAUUUUUUUUUUCAUUUUGGCCACAGUGUUUCUCUAUUAAAGGGCCAUUAUUCUAGUCUGGGAACUUUAUUUUGAAAUCUGGUAUUAUGACUUUCUUAACUGCUAGUAGCUACAGUGCGACACGAAAAAAAUAAUUUAUGAUAAAAAUGGAUAUGAUGCAAUCAUUGUUAAAUUGAUGACCUUAACGGUAAACCCAGGCAAUGAUAGCUACUACAUUAAGUUUCCUUGAAUGGUCCAAAAUGAUAUCUUUAGGCAUCCAAUGACUACAAGGAUAGUUUUAACCCCACUUGCAUAUUUGGAAUCUUUGCAAUAUCCAGCAUGCUGCAAAACUCCCACACUCUGUAGUAUUUUCAUCCAGAAUGCACCAUGAAUGCAUUAAAAAUAUUAAACUUUUGCAGUGAAUUUUGGUGAGACUUUAUGACAGUAUGCUAGCUUAGAGGGAAAACUGCUAACUAGCUUACAUGAAGUGAAAUACAGCCUGGUUUAUAAGUAGAUGUGAAGUGCAGUCAAAUCAUCUAUACAUUUUGAAACUUAACUGAAAAGUUUGAAGGCAUAUUUUGAUAAUCAGGUUAGGUAGCAUAUAAACAUUUGAAUGGCUAAGAGUUAGCUUAGCUUAGCUUAUUCAGUAUAUGUAUGUUAGUGAAAUAUUGCUCAAAAUAUGCUAUGUUCCUGUUUUUGUCUUUGGAUUCUGCAAACACAUAUACCAAACUACUGAAGGGUGAAAAUCAGACAAAAUUAUGCUCUUCCCAUGGCUACAGGUAAUUUCUAUCAGCUGUCUAACCAUUCAUAAAACCCAAAUUUCCAUGCAUUGGACACAACAAUGCAUCAACUGUGUAUUUGCAGAUGUAUGGACAUCAGUCAUAUAUAAAGGUGGAAACAAGAAGUGAGGGUAUAAAUUUAAUGUAAGCCUUAUAGUGCAUCUUUUUGUGAUAUUUGAAAGUCAAUUGUCCUAUUUUGAUAGCAUGAUUCACUGAAAAGACAAGUGUAACCACGUUGGAAAGUUCCUGUAUUUGCUACUCAUGUCUGUUAAAGAUCAACACUCUCAUAUCUCCUGUUAUAUCUCCCAUCUUUUACCCCUCUAAAUCUUCCUCCUGUACUGACACUUUGGUCAUCACUUGCAUCUUUUGCUACCUUUAGGAAAGUCGUGACAUCGUUGCUGUUGAUACUGACAAAAGGCGGAGAAUGCAUUUGUUAGAAGUUGCUGCUUUGAAUGCCUUAAAGCCUUAUAAGAGAAUGAAUAGCAAAUAAGUCAAGUCAUUAUGCCCAAUCCCAAUGAGACCAAUGAGUAAGAGUCUAAAAUAAAUCGGCUCAAAAAUAUAACAUUGAAUUAGCAGAGAAGCACAAACGAUGCAUUCUCAGUACCAAAAUAUUUGCCAAGCCUGCUGUGUUUGCUGCUGUGAUUGUAUUUCAUGAGCAUUGAACCAUCGAUGGAAAUCUGGGUUUGAAGCGUAGAGUUUUGGAUUUAGAGUUCCUCGUGUGUUACCCAGUUGAACAUAUUUGCAGCCAUGUAUAGAAACCAGAACUUCUUGUUAAGUGUUUGAACUGUGGUGUUUCAGAAAGGAUACUUAAACCUUUGUUUUCCUUUAGAUGUUCUCAUUUGAAAAGAAGACAAAAAAAGUAAAGAUGAUCGCUGACCCUACGGGGCUUUUUGAGUCCCCAGUCCAACAUUAUUACUCUGUUGUACAAUGUCUGAAUACGAUGAAAAAUAUCUCCUUUUUUGUACUGUAAUGGGAAUAGGCAGAAAGGAAGAGCAGUGUGGUUGUACAAUAUUUAAACACUGGAUGAAAACGAUGCAGUUUUCUACUUUUUCAUUGCCAGAGCUUUUUUUGAAGAAGAUAAACUUGGCAAAGUAAAAAAAAAAGAAAAAAACAUGUUUUUAUGGGGGACACUGCAAAAAACAUCCAAAUCUUACAAGUGUAUUUGUCUUAUAUAAAGUCAAAAAUGUGUCAUUACUCUUAAUGUAAGCCAGAUUCACCUGAAUUGUCAUCAACAUGACUGUUUAUUUAGAUAACAGAGCAGCAGCCACCUCAAAGUGAUUAGAGUUCCCCCUGCUGACCGACUGAAGUGUAGGUCAUAAACUCCGCCCCUCCAUGUUAUCUAAUGGGACAUGGGUCAAACUUAAAAGUCAAAAUGUAGAAGAUUUUACAGGCUACACUCCCAGAUGAAGCUUUUGGCUUCACUCCCAGGUGGCUGUCAUCCUGUCCAGCUUAAUAUACAGAACAUGAUCUGGGUUUUUAGGUAAAUGUGGCUUUUAAUGUGGCAAGAAAGCAGAUGAAUACACUUGCUAUGAUUUAAGUUUUUGCAGUGCAUUAACCUAAAAUGCUUGGUCCUUUCCUCAGACAGGCAAUCCGUUGAUCCACCAGAGAUCUAACUUUUCAUGUGACUCUCCAGUAUCUUCUAUCCAUGACCAGUAAGAGCAGGAACUCCCAGUUAGGCCUGCUUGUAGUCAACCCAGUCAACAGUAGGUGGGAAUGUAGCAGCCCCACUUUGCUCCUCAGUGCGUCGGUGUAUAUCCUGAGAAAUCCGUUUGAGUUGGUGCUGAAUCUCUAAACCCUUUUUCUUUCGUUUUUCAGGACCAGCUUGUAGCUCUUUUAAACCGUUGUUGUAGAAAUAAGCUUUGUAAGGCAGCUCGUCUGUUUGAAGACCAGCGCUAACCAAGCUGUCGACCCUGACUCGUUUGUCGUUCUGUGAUGAUUUGAAUAGAAAAAGACUCUGAAUCCCUCACUGUGUGCGGUCUCCACCGACUGCUUUCUCCCCAUGUUGACCCAAAGUUACGCCCCUGCUGACAACACACUGGAUACUUGUAUAUAUGUUUGGUUUGUUUUUCCAAUGCAUUUCUCUUUUCAGACUGUUGUCUCCAUAGUUUGACACUAGAAUCUCUCCUUUUUGCCUUUCUUCCCAUAUAAAUCUGAUUACCUGAUGGUGGGUUGUGAUGUUGCCUAGAAUGAUUGUUUACAACUUUAUUCCAUUUAUCUCUGGAUAUUCUGUAAAUAUUGUAAUUCAUUGUCUUUUUUUAACUUGAUAAUAAAGUUAUCAGAUAACG